AUGACUCGUAUUUCCAUCCUCCAAAACGUCCACGAGAGUAGAUCGAAUGACGUUCGAGCUCUCCGUGAGCACGAGCCAAUUCACGAUCACGCUGGAAACAGAAUAUUGAGUUCCUCCGUAUUUUGGGAAGGUGAAAUAGGAAUUUGGUCCCCAUCCGAAGUCAGCAUUAGCCAACUCGGAUUGAUCCAUCGAACACAACUCCUCGAGUUUUUCUUGUGGAAGCUUGGCAACACGAGUUCCAACCCAAUUUGGAGACAUCUUGAGUGGCUCAACAGUCCAAACCUUCUUGGUGUAUGGCUUGAAGAAAGUGUUGAGAAUGGUUGGUCCGAAGUGUUGGAGAACCCAUUCCUCGAAGUUAUCUGGAGUUAUUCCAUCUUGUGGCUGAAAGGAAUACUCAUUAAAUUGAAAAGCCAACUUAUUCCAGUCAUCAACAGCCCAUUGAGUAGCCUUCUCGUAGUAUGGGAAGUUAUGGUUGAAGGUGAUAUGGCCUCCCAUAUCCCAAAGGAAUCCCUUGGCAUCGGAACUUCAAACAAUGACUCAUGUACACCUGAAACACCAUCCACGUUUUUGUUCGCGUAUUCAAAUGACUUAGAUUCCAAAUCAGUCAAGAAUUCUCUAGAUGAUAUUGUCAUGAAGUUGGAUUAUCAGCAAUCGAAAUAUAAAUACUUGGCAAACAUUCGUUUUGAUACAAAAAAGGAGGAGGAAAUAACUUUUUCUACUGACACAAAAAGUUUCACCGCAUCAGUGACUAAUAAUCUACCAGGUCCAUCUCUCGGAUUUGCCGACGAUUCAACCGGAAGUGAUGUUCUUAAUGUUAUUCAGAACUUCCUCACAAACUCUCAGUCUCCUAUUUGUGGAUCCAUAAUUUUUAUAUUACUUCAACGAAAUCCAGAUGAUAUUAAUAUAUCAGAGAUUGUAUCUCAACUGCAAUUUCAGCAUGUUUUUGUGAGAACUGUAUUUAUGGAAAAUUUAUUGGGAAGCUCGGAUUCUCUCGUCAUGUAUAACAUAUCGUCUAAAUCGAAUGGUCUUGGUGUUUUUACGGAUGAAGAUUCUUUUGAUCAGAGUGUUGACUUUUCCACAAACAUCAUUCUGAAUGAAUACCUACUUUAUGCAUCUAAUCCAAUUGUUUCUGGACAAGGACAAAUCGAACUUCCUCUGCUAACAACUCCUGAUUAUUUCUCUAGAACUAUCUCUGUUUUUGUUGAUAUAACUGUUCAAAAUCACGCUUUAUCCGACGACUUUCAUUUUUUGAAUUUGACGCUCAUAGACACAGAUGCAAGCUCUCAAAGCUUGGUCAUCGAUAUGAAUCGAAUUGAAAAUUUCAACGGAUACUAUAACACUGACAUUUUUCUGAAAAGAAAUCAAGAUUUUGAAGUGUAUUUGACCUACAACUACAACUCAAUCGACUAUCAAGCAGUGGAGAUUAGAAUGUUGAUUGAUCAGUAA